CUCCUCUGACAUAAACCCGUGUUCCGUGCUUCUGGACCCCGGUAACCCUCCGGUAACCCUCCGGUAAGCCCCGGUGGACCACCUGGGACCACCUGCGGACCACGUCAGUCCGGGUUUUCCUUUCGUCCGAUCCUGAUCCUGAUCCGGGUCCUGAGGCGGCGCCGGUCUCCGCUGAUCCCGGAUCCCGGGAGUCUCCGCGGACAUGCAGCGGCUGUGAUGGCGGACAUGGCGGCUCCUCUGGACCGGGACUCGCUCCCGGACGCUCUGGUCCUACGGCGUGUGCGCGGACGGACGGGUCUUCUUCUCCCACGACGGAACCCGGACACCACCUGGAUCCACCCCCCGCUCCGGAGAACCCGUCAACUCCGGACCACAUGAUCCGCUCAGAUCUGCCCAGGGAUGGGAGGAAGGAUUCACGGGACGAAGGAGCCACUUACUUCAUCAACCAUAACCAGAGGACCACCACGUUCCGACACCCCGACACUGGACUCAUCUCUGCAGAGGAACGUGGACUUCAUCCUCCAGGAACAGCCUCAGAGGACUCGUAUGAUGUCCAAACCGGGGGUGGAGCAACUCUCCAGCACCACGGUCAGCGACACGUCCACCGCCGUCACCUCGUCCACCGUCGACACCAAGGGUUCACGGUCCAGUGGGAAAAUCCACAGCUUUGGAAAGAGAGAGCAGUCGAUCAAGAGGAACCCCAACGUCCCGGUGGUGGUGAGGGGAUGGCUUUACAAACAGGACAGCUCUGGGAUGCGUCUGUGGAAGAGGAAGUGGUUCGUCCUGGCAGAUUUCUGUCUGUUCUAUUAUAAAGACAGCAGAGAGGAGUCGGUCCUGGGCAGCAUCCCCCUCCCCAGCUAUGUCAUCGCCCCCGUGGGACCCGAGGACCACAUCAGCCGCAAGUUCGCCUUCAAGGCUAGCCACACUGGUAUGCGCUCGUACAUUUAUAAGCAGAGCUCUGUGAUUGGCUCGCAGGCAGAGCACUCGGGGAUGAGGACGUAUUACUUCAGCGCCGACACACAUGAGGACAUGAACACGUGGCUGAGGGCCAUGAACCAGGCCGCCAUGAUGCACAACACGGACGCUCUGAUCAGGCCAUUGGACUCGUUGGAGAAGGCUCCUCCCCCUUUGCAUCAGCACGCUGUCCCUCAAACCAACCACGUCAACCACCACCCGACGCAGAUGCCAGACUCCGCCUCCAAUGCCAUCGUCCACGAGGUCCUGCUGGAGCCGAUCCACCGCGACGCUGAUGAGGGCUCCAGCCUCCGCAAGGGUUCGCCGGCCGCCGUUGGCGCUUUGGAGAUGGACACGCACGCCUCGCUGCCCGCCAACCCCACCUCCUCCGCCUCCCUGCCGCCGUCCGACCACACGUCGGUCUCCGCCCCUGUGUCCAGGGUUCCGUCACGCGCUCCGUCGCGCGCCGCCUCCACGCUGCCCUCCAGCGUCUGCACCAGGAACGGCCUGGUGUCCACGCCCAGCCCCAUCCUGGAGCCCAAUGGGAUUGCAGCGGGGACGUACCAGAGAGCCCCGCCCCCCGAUAUCAGUGGGCAGAUGCAGAGAAGGAGCGCCCUGGAGCAGGUGGAGCAGUGGGUCAAAGUUCAGAAAGCUGAAAACAGAGGCCCCCCCUCCAGAGAGAACACUCUCCCCCGUCGGACUCCGCCCACCCAGCCUAAGUUCACCACUGUGAACGCCUACCAGACCCUGCCAAAGACGCCCCGCCACAGCCCCCCUCCGGCCCGACUGGGGGAGUAUAAGUACGCCCAGGACCGCCUGAGCCACUUCCGACUGACUCCGGAUCCGACUCCAGGAUCCGGGACCGUGUGGCAGCUGUACGAGUGGCAGCAGCGCCAUCAGUUCCGCCACGGCAGCCCCACGGCGCCGCUCUACACCCCCGCCCCAGACUACCCCUUCGGGCCCCGUCCCCCAUCCACAGUGCCCCCCUCUGGCUCGGGUCAGCCUCGCUGCGUGUCGGUCCCGCCUUCGUCCGCAGACAUCCCGCCACCGGGACCGCCACCCGGAACCACCCGGACGAUGUCCCCGACACGCAGACCGCACACGCCCGCCGAACGGGUGACGGUCAGGCCCGUGGUGGACCGGACCGCACUGGACCUGCCCUUCACUGUGUCCCCCCGCAGGACCAAGAGUCAACUGAUCAAGGCGGCGACUAUGGAGAGGCGGUCGAUGCCUCCGUCUGGAUACAUGACCCACACCGUCAGCGCCCCCAGUCUGCACGGAAAAACGCCUGAGGAGCUCACUCUGCUCCUCAUUCAGCUGCGUCGUCAUCAGGCCAAGAUGGCGUCGGCGCGGCAGCACACGCUCACCCAUCUGCACCGCCUCAACGGGCCCACAGAGCCCCGCCUCCACGCCGGCCCCCUCCUGGGCCCCUCCUCCUCCUCUGUGUCCCGCCUCACUCACGUCGGCCCCUGCGGCGCUCAGGUUGAUGAUACGUAUCUGCAGCUGAAGAAGGAUCUGGAAUACCUGGACUUAAAGAUCAGAGCUGUAGAGCCCCUGAUCGUGGCAGUUCACAGUUUACUACUGCACUGCACUGCUGGGCCUCUCAGGCCCAUCAUGGACGUAAGACCGAUACCAACACCAACAGUAACAGGAAGUCAGCAGCUGAAGGAGGCGGGGAAACCUGUCAAAGUUGCAGAGAGUGACGUGGAUGUGAAGCUGAGUCGGUUGUGUGAACAGGAUAAAAUCCUCAAAGAUCUGGAGUCGAGGAUCAGCGCCCUGAAGGAGGACAAGGAUAAACUGGAGAGCAUUCUGGACGUGUCCCACCAGCAGAUGGAGCAGUACCAGGACCAGCCGGUCCACAUCCAGAAGAUCGCCUACCAGCAGAGACUCCUGCAGGAGGACCUGGUCUCCAUCCGAGCCCAGAUCUCCAGACUGUCCACGGACAUGUCUCAGGCCUGGGACGAGUACGUCCGACUGGAGACGUCAGUGGAACAGCUGAGGACGGCGUUACAGGCACGAAUGAACCACAGCAGCGCCCCGCAGCAGGAGAAGACGGAGAUGAAACGAGAGCUGUGGAGAAUCGAAGACGUGAUGUCAGGACUGAGCAGCAGCAAAGUCAACUACAAGAUCACCAUCGACUCGGUCCAGAACCCAGAGAGGAAGUUAGUGCCUUCGGUGUCGGACUCGGCAGUGCCUUCUCGCAGCCCGGAGAUCCAACCUCCACCUCGAAGCUCCACCCCCAGCAUCGCCUGCUACACUUUACCUCACAGCACCGUGCCAAAGUGGGCAGAGGACAACGCCCCGCCCCGCCCACCGCUGCCCCGUGUCUACGACUAUGAGGACACGCCCCCUCUGGUGCCGCCCCUCCCCAAAGAGGCCUCGGUGAUCCGCCACACCUCGGUUCGAGGCCUGAAACGCCAGUCGGACGAGAGGAAGCGGGACCGUGAGAGCGGGCAGUUCGUGGUCAACGGAGACUGUAAGGCUGAACUGCGAUCGUACCUGAGCGAACCAGAGCUGCCGGGCGUGAGCCACCACUGCCCCGGGUCCGAGGUGGACUACCAGUACUUCAACGACCCGGGACUCUCAGGAUCCUCGUCUCGACUCAACCAGUCCAACUCCAUCUCAUCCUACGUCACCAUGAGGAGACCAGGAGGAUCUGCACCCAGGGAGAGACCUAAGAGUGCCUUCGAGUGCUCGUCGUCGCCUCCCGAUGUCCAUAAUUUCUCCGGCGUCCAGUCCCGCGGCCGGAUGAGCGCCGAGGAGCAGCUGGAGCGGAUGAAGCGCCACCAGAGGGCGUUGGUCCGGGAACGCAAGAGGAACCUGAGCCACGGCGAACGCUCCAGUUCCACCGUGACCACCGGGCGGUCCUCGUCCUCCUCCAGACUGCCCUCCAGCCCCUCGGAGCCCCCGCCCUCCGUGUUUGAUUGGCAGGAGGAGCGACCUAUGGCGGAGGGCCAAAGCGAUGAGGGGUGGAGCCAAGCAAAGGAGAGUGGGAGGGUCCAAUCAGAUGAGUGGGUGGCAGUUAAAGCUACGCCCACCAGAGAGGUGGACGUGGAGCCGCUGGACUACGACCUGGACCUGAGCAGAGAGCUUUCCAAACCCCAGAAGGUUCUGAUCCCAGAGCGGUACGUGGAGUCGGAUCCUGAAGAACCUCUGAGUCCUGAAGAACUGGAGGAACGGACCCGGAGAACCGAGCGCAUCAAGAACCUUCUGACCAAGUCCAGCGUCCAGAACCUCCACCCGUCCUCGCUGGACUUCACUGAGCUGGACUCGGUUCUGCAGCAGCAGCAGCGGAUCAUGAACGUGUCCCAGGCUUUGGCCUCGGAGGCGUCACGUAAAAGCAAACUGGUGGCAGGGGCCACAUUGGAACCUUUGGCGGACCGCAUUUGGCCCCCGGGCCACAUGUUUGAGACCCCUGGUUUAGAGUUAAACCCAGACCCACGGGUCCGGAACCUUCAUGUAUGUGGUCUAACUUCAUUUCUGAUUCGUAGAAACAGAGUGACAUCACAGACGGUGGGCGUGGCUACAGCCAAAGCAGCUGCAGAGCACUGACCCACAACGGACCCACAACAGAUCCACAACGGACCCAUAACAGACCCACAAUGGACCCACAAGGGACUCCAAAUGGACCCACAAAGGGCCCACUACAGACCACCAAAGGAUCUACAACAGACCCCCAAAGGACCCAUAACAGACCCACAAUGGACCCACAACAGACCCCCAAAGGAACCACAACAGCCUCACAAGGGACCCCAAACGGACCCACAACAGACGCCCAAAGGACCCACAAAAGACCUCCAUCAGAUCCCUACUAACCCCCUAAUGGACCCAGACCCCCUACCCCUGCAGAUCCCUACAGGCCCCCAUCGGACCCACAAUGGAGCCACAACAGACCCUUACAGACCCAGACCUCCGCCACCUACCCCAGCGAAUCCCCAUACAGACCCAGACCUCCUACGAACCCACAAUGGACCCCCUACCCUGCAGAUCCCUAUAGACCCCCUCCGGACCCCCAAACCCACCAGUUGAAUCUUCAGCCUCUCGUUGAUUUUUAACGAAGCCUUUUUACGACUGAAUCCAUGUUUUAAUUAACUCGUAUUUUAUUAAAUCCUCGUUUGUGUUUGAACUAAUGAACCGAUGACAUUAAUUUAUAACGAUUGAAGAGUUUUUUUAUCUGCCGUUAGUUUUUGAGUCAAACUUCAUGAACACAGAUCAUUUAUUUAUGUCACUGAUU